UCUCCCUCCCCGUCCCGGUCUCCCACUACGCGCCCGCCUUCCCGUCGCCACACUCGCUAGCGGUUCGCUCCUCCUCACUUCCCCACCGAGCUCCAUUAAUGGCGCCUCCCCUAAUCACGCUAUAAUAGCCCAGGCGCGGGAGACCACGUGAGAGCCGGGGAGGAAAAAAGCUAGCGCCGCGUCCUGGAGGCUGGGCCGGCGCUUCCCCGCAUGGGGUACCAGCCCAUGCCCGGCGGCGCCGCCGGUGCCGGGACCUCGGGCGGCGGCGGGGGCGCGGACCACCUGCACAGCCACCACCACCACCACCAGCGCCUGCACAGCCCCCGCGUGGCCGCCGGGGGCUCCUCGAUGACGCGCCGGGCAAACUCGUUCAAGCGCGGCGGCGGCGGCGAGAUCGAGCUCCAGAUCGGCUCCCCGCGCUCUCCGAGGUGCGACGGCCUCGGGAGCCCGCCCGGGGACGCCGCCGAGCCGUCCGCCGCCGGCCUCCACCACCACCAGAACAGCAACCUCCGGUUCCGGCUCUUCAAGCGCCCGGGCUCCGGCGCCGGCGCGGUCGACGCCGGCCUCGGCCUCGGGCUGGGGAUCCGGGAGAGGAGGAAGCUCGGGAACGUGCUGUUCCUCGCCUUCUGCGGCGUGUGCUUGCUCCUUGGCGUCGGCAAGAUCUGGGCGGGCGGGUGGUUCGCGCUCCCUGCCGACGACAAGCACGCGGAUUUGCAGGAUCUCUCUAUCUCCUUCUCCAGUGAUGAAGGGCAUCAAGUUGAUUAUCACUCAGGAUACAUGGGUGCAAAAGAAAGUGACAGGACUUUGAUGACAGUUGAAUCUAACAUUGGUGGAAGAGGAGACAGCAUCGCUGAGGACUUUGAUGUCUGGUCUCAGCCAAGCAGUGUAAAUUUUAGACAAUGCAUUGUUUCAAACUCUCAUAAAAGUAAGUUUGUUUGUGUGGCAGUAAUAUGUCUAACCUUUCUUCUGGCGUCUGUCAACAUGAUUUGGUCUCUUGUUCUUAAUUUUGUAGAGCAAGAUUCUCAUACAAAUGGUUACAUUCUCAUAAAUGCAAAUGGAGGUUUGAAUCAAAUGAGAUUUGGGAUAUGCGAUAUGGUUGCUGUUGCUAAGAUCCUGAAGGCAACACUGGUUUUACCUUCGCUUGAUCAUACAUCCUACUGGGCAGAUGAUAGUGAAUUUAAGGACCUUUUCAACUGGAGGUAUUUCAUCGAGUCACUGAAAGAAGACAUUGAUAUUGUUGAGACGCUGCCCCCUGAAUAUAGUAACAUUGAACCUUUGGCUAAAGCUCCGAUAUCUUGGUCAAAGGUGAAUUAUUACAGAGAUGAAAUACUCCCUCUUUUGAAGAAACACAAAGUCAUUUACUUUACACAUACAGAUUCUCGCCUGGCUAACAAUGGUCUUCCUAGUUAUAUUCAGAAAUUAAGAUGCCGAGUUAACUAUGUAUCUUUGAAGUAUUCUCAUACAAUUGAAGAUCUUGGUACUACCUUGGUUUCAAGGAUGCGUCAAGAUGGAAGCCCAUAUCUUGCACUCCAUCUAAGGUAUGAGAAAGACAUGCUAGCUUUUACUGGUUGCAGCCAUAGCUUGACACCAUUAGAAGACAAGGAAUUGCGUAAGAUGCGUUAUGAGGUAAGUCACUGGAAAGAGAAAGAAAUCAAUGCUACUGAGCGAAGAAGCCUUGGUGGCUGUCCUUUGACUCCAAGUGAAACUUCACUUUUACUCAAAGGAUUGGGUUUCUCACAAAGCACUAGAAUUUACUUGGUUGCUGGUGAAGCUUUUGGCAAUGGAAGCAUGAAGGCUCUGGUGGAUGAUUUUCCCAAUAUUUAUUCUCAUUCUACAUUGGCGACAGAAAAGGAACUUGCACCCUUUAAAAACCAUCAGAAUAUGCUUGCUGGUCUUGACUACAUUGUGGCUCUCCAGAGUGAUGCCUUUAUUUACACUUACGAUGGAAAUAUGGCAAAAGCUGUACAGGGCCAUCGACGUUUUGAGAACUUCAGAAAGACUAUUAACCCAGACAGGAUGAGUUUUGUGAACCUGGUAGAUGAAUUUGAUGAAGGAAGAGUGCCCUGGGAUAUGUUCAGCUCAGAAGUGAAAAGAUUACACAAAGAUAGAAUAGGUGUUCCAUAUUUUAGGGAGCCUGGAGAAUUCCCAAAGCUAGAAGAGUCUUUCUUUGCAAACCCCUUGCCUGGCUGUAUAUGUGAGAAACAUAGUGAAGAAUGAAACGAUUCUUUCCGGGCAUCUCUUAAGCCAGAAGAUAUCGACCUCUGCCUCUUGCCAGAUAUUAUGGGCACCGUUGUUGAGUCAUGAUCUGCGAAUCCAUUCUAAACAACAGUUGAGAUACAGUGCACUGGGAUGUCUUUUUCAGCUUCAGCCCUUACUGGAGUUCAAAGCAUUAAGGACAGUGAUGUUUUGCAGAUUGCAGGUCCGUCAAUCAUUUUCACACGACUAUAGUAUGUGAGUGGUUAUGCCUAUCACAUUUGCUGCAAGCGGUACAUAAAUGGUACAUAUAGCUGAGAUUAUCCUUGUGGCUUUCUUGUAAUUUUCCACUUCUGCUUUAUUUGAUUAUUUGGGGGAACUGCGCAGCCAGAUUUGCAGAUAUAAUGUUAUAUACAGAUCCAAUGGAGUCAUUCAGAAAUGUAGCUACAAAUUUUGAUUGUGUCUACAGCCAUACUUUCUAUGCUCAGGAAAGCAAUCUGACUUACCGUGCAAAC